AUGCCUCCCAACCAAGCCGCGUGGAUCACGCAGAAAAACGGCACGCCGAUGGUCGUCAAGUCCGCACCCUACCUAACACCCAAGGCGAAUGAAAUCGUCAUCAAAAAUGCCGCUGUGGCCAUCAACCCGAUGGACUGGAUGCUCCAGCUCAUGGGCAAUUUGGCAUUCGGCUGGAUCACAUACCCGGCCAUUUUCGGCGCUGACAUGACGGGCGAAGUCACUGAAGUGGGCAGCGAAGUUACUCGAUUCGCCGUCGGGGAUCGCGUGCUGGCUGUGUCUACCGGUCUUGAUCCAGACAGAAACAACUCUGCAGAGGGUGCUUUUCAGAACUAUUCGAUUGCCGUGGAGAACCUUGCAUCGAAAAUCCCCGCCGAUUUGUCUUAUGAACACGCCGCCGUUCUUCCAUUGGGACUGGCCACGGCCGCAUCCGGUCUGUUCUUGGAGGACUAUAUGAACCUACGCUGGCCCACGAUUCCUUCAAAGGGGCCAACAGGAAAAGCAGUCCUAAUCUGGGGCGCCUCUACCAGCGUGGGAAGUAAUGCCGUGCAGCUGGCGACGGCUGCAGGCUACGAAGUGUUUUCGACCUCGUCUCCGCGGAAUUUUGAGUAUGUGAGGAAGCUCGGAGCCAGCCAGGUGUUUGACUACAACUCCAAAACAGUCGUCAAGGAUAUAAUUGAUGCCUUGAAAAACAAGGAUAUGGCCGGUGCCAUGGCCAUUGGAGAAAAUUCUGUUGGACACUGCAUCGAUAUCCUGAGUAAGGCCAAGGGCAACAAAUUCGUAACCGAGAUUGGGGGAGCAAAUCUCCCCAAAGAAGGAAAUGUAGGUAUUUUGACCAUCGUACGCCUUAUGUUUGACAUGUUAUCGACGAAUCUGUCGGUGCGCUAUAAGAAGAUGAGGACCGGGGUGAGCGGCAAGUUUGUAUGGGGCAGCGACCUGAAGAAGACGGAUCUGGGGAACGCCAUAUUUGGAGAGUUUCUUCCCAAGGCCCUGGCUGAAAAGAAAUAUCUUGCUGCGCCAGAGCCUGAAAUCGUUGGUCACGGCCUGGAGGAUGUGCAACAAGCGUUGGACCUGCAGAGAAGGGGGGUGUCUGCGAAGAAGCUGUCUGUCUUUACAUACACCAAGACAGCAACAUCACCUGCGCUGAUACGUGAGCCCAGGAUGGCAGACUUCAUCUUCGACCCCGCCGUCAUCUCACCUGAGACCAAGGCGCUCUACCCGGAGGGGUACACGAUGCGCCCGCUUGCCCGCGACGACUACCACCGUGGCUUCUUGAACUGCCUCCAAGACCUCACCUGGACUGGCGAAACCACAGAAGAGCAGUUUAACGAGCGGUUCGACUGGCAAAAGACCCAUGGCAAGGGCUGGUAUUACUGCGUUGUCAUUGUCGAUGCCACGGACCGCAUUGUCGGCACAGGGACGGUGGUGGUUGAGAAGAAAUUUAUUCAGGGUCUCGCGUCCCUCGGCCAUAUCGAAGACAUCUGCAUCGCAAAAGACCACCAGGGAAAACACUUUGGCCAGAAACUGAUCAACACACUAGACGCCAUCGCAGCGGCCGUGGGAUGCCACCAAACGGUUCUCAACUGCUCGCCACGAAACGAGGCCUUCUAUGCCAAACGUCUCACCCUCUUCUCACAUGCCACUGAGAUGACCGGAAAAAUAGAGAUGAGCCCUAAUUUCAAAUACCCGGAACACAAUAACAACAACUCGGUCGCCGUGGAAGAUGUUGCCAACAAUGAAAAGGCGCUGGUUAGCAACAGCAGCCUCGAGAAAUGGCUGACAGUUGUGGCCGGUUUCUGUGUCUUUGUUAACUCUUGGGGCCUUCUGAGUACAUAUGGCGCUUUUCAAGAGUACUACCAGACUGUCUUGCUACCAACAGUCUCGCCCUCGGCUAUUUCAUGGGUGGGCAGCGCGCAGGCAACUUUUAUCGUCUUGCUCGGUGUCUUCACUGGUCCUAUGGUGGAUGCAGGCUAUGUGCGGCCGCUGAUGAUCGUUGGCUGCUUUCUCACGGUCCUUGGUAUGAUGAUGACCAGCUUGGCGACUAGCUAUUACCAGAUCCUCCUUGCCCAAGGCUUUUGCGUAGGGAUUGGAGGCGGUAUAGCAUAUAUACCUUCGCUUGCUGUGAUAUCGUCUAAUUUCAACGCGAACAAGCGACCGAUUGCUAUCGGUCUUGCAUCAAUUGGCUCUAGCAUCGGAAGUGUCAUCUAUCCAAUUUUAUUUCGUCGUCUACAGCCCAAGAUUGGGUUUCCAUGGACCGUUCGCAUCAUCGCAUUCAUCACGCUGAUUCUAGCGCUGCUGAUCUGCAUCAUUCUCUGUCGACAUCCCGUUCGUGCAGCAUCAACCAGACGUAGUCUCAUCGACCGUCGAGCAUUUAUGGAGCCAACAUUCAUGCUUUACUCUGUCAGUCUGACAUGCGUGAUGCUUGCUUAUUAUAUCCCGAUAUUCUAUGUCCCAACGUAUGCUCGAACGUCGCGUUUACACGUUUCCAAAGACUUGUCUUUCUACAUGCUUGCCAUAAUCAACGGCGCAUCAACUUUCGGCCGAACAAUACCGUACAUGGUAUUAAAUAUUUCGAAAGGGGAGAAUAAAAAGAUUAUCAAACCAAUUUACAUCCUCGUCUUUUCCACCGCUGGCUCCGCACUGGCCAUAUUCACCUGGCUCGCAAUUACCAGCACAGCCGGUUUCAUAGUCUGGCUAUGCUACUGGGGUUUCCUUACUGGUAUUCUCGUCACUGCGCCAACGACUAUCAUUUCUCACCCAAUACUCUGCCCGGAUAUGCACUAUAUCGGAACUAGACUUGGUAUGAUGUGGGGGAUUAGUUCCUUUGGAGGGCUUGCAGGUACCCCGAUUGCAGGGGCUUUGGUAAAUCUCGAGACUGGCGAAUUUUGGAAAGCUCAAGUAUUCGGGGGCUGUAUGAUGGUUGCGGCCGUCUUGUUGCAGGUCUGGCCCACUGUGCAAGUUAUCAGGCAUGAUCGAAGGGUGUCAUCUUCAUGA